AUGCACAUUCGAUGUGUUGGCCACAUUUUAAAUUUAGUGGUGCAAGAUGGCAUAAAAAAAGUUGAUAAGGCGGUUGAGAUAGUUCGAUGGGCGGUUAAAUGGAUUAGGCAAUCGCCUUCUAGAAUUCAUAAGUUUACCGAGUUUGCUAAGGUUGCUAAUCCCGGUAUAACAAAACAUUUGAAGAGAGAUGUGCCAACAAGAUGGAACUCCACUUACCAUAUGUUGGAAAUUGCCCAAGCUUACGAAAAAACUUUCGAUAGAUAUGAUCUUGAGGAAUUUGAUUUUCGGUACGAAAUUGAAAAGGCGGGUUUGUCUAUACCUUCAUCAAGCGAUUGGGAAAGGGUUAGGAAUGUAUGUCAUUUUUUAAAACCUUUUAAUGAUGUUACUUUGAGGAUUUCGGGGACACUUUAUGUAACAUCAAACACAUGCAUUGAAGAUAUAUAUUCCAUUCGUACGCUCUUGGAUGAUGCUAUUUCCGAUUCUAGUGUUUGUGAUAUUGCAUUGGCCAUGAAAUUGAAGUUUCAUAAGUAUUUUGGCGACAUAGAAAAAAUGAAUUUAUUGCUCUACUUUGCUUUGAUUCUUGAUUCGAGGAACAAAGUAAAGUAUUUGGUUAUACUACUUGAGGAUCGUUAUGGAGAAAUUGGGGUGGAGGCCAAAAAGAAAUACAUCAUGGAUUUUAUGUAUGAAUUAUAUAAUGAUUAUAUAAGAAUUCAUUCUCCAAGUUCUACUUCAAGUACUGCCGAGUCUACCACUUCAUCAUCGAAACUAGGGAAACGCCAAAACCCGGAUUUUAUGGCACCUAAUCCCCCAUUGAGAAAUAAACUAAGAGAAAAGAUGAAGACGAACAUAGUUGAAUCAAUUGGGGAGUUAAAAAAGUAUUUGCAAGAAAGUGAUGAAAACGACUCAGAAAUGUUUAGUAUUCUAGAUUGGUGGAAAGUAAAUAGUCCCAGAUUCCCGAUUCUAUCAUUGAUGGCAAGAGAUGUGUUUGCCAUUCCCGUCUCAACCGUAGCUUCGGAAUCCGUUUUUAACACUAGUAGGAGGGUGUUGGAUCCGUCAAAAACAAGCCUAAAGACUAGCUUUUCAUCAAAAAUCUUUGAUUAUGAAAAUCAAAAGCUUCGUGAUGUUGCCAAGGAACGUUAUGAACUCUUCGUCGAACAGGUGAAUAAAACGAAGGAGUCUCAUGAUCUCAAAGUUGAUGGACUCAAAUCCUUGUUGUCGAAAGAUGUAAAUAAGAUGGAGGAAAACUAUAAUUUGUUUCAUGGCAAAUUGGAUGUCAUUGCUGGUGUCAUAACUCGAUUGGUUGAUUUCAACACCGAGUACACGAAACAGUUUGAUGCUAAGCUAGAGAAGGAUGCACAUAUGUUUGAAAAGAUGGAGGAAUUCAUGUAUGGAAUUAAGGAAUCUUAG